AUGAAUGCUCUUGCAGCCACCAACCGCAACUUUCGUCAUGCAGCUCGCAUUCUUGGGCUGGAUUCUAAGCUUGAGAAAAGCCUCUUGAUUCCCUUUAGAGAAAUCAAAGUUGAGUGUACAAUUCCAAAAGAUGAUGGCACUCUGGUUUCUUAUGUUGGGUUUAGAAUCCAACAUGACAAUGCUCGUGGGCCGAUGAAGGGAGGAAUCCGUUACCACCCUGAGGUUGACCCAGAUGAAGUGAAUGCUCUAGCUCAACUAAUGACAUGGAAGACAGCUGUAGCAAACAUUCCUUAUGGUGGAGCUAAGGGUGGGAUUGGGUGCAACCCAAGGGACUUGAGUAUCAGUGAAUUAGAACGGUUAACUCGUGUGUUUACUCAGAGGAUCCAUGAUCUCAUUGGAAUUCACAGGGAUGUUCCUGCCCCUGACAUGGGAACUAAGGCCCAGACAAUGGCUUGGAUUCUUGAUGAGUACUCAAAGUUUCAUGGGCAUUCACCUGCAGUUGUGACUGGAAAACCUAUUGAUCUUGGGGGUUCACUUGGAAGGGAGUCUGCGACUGGACUUGGGGUGGUUUUCGCAACAGAGUCUGUACUUGCUGAAUAUGGGAAGUCAAUUUCUGGUAUGAAGUUUGUUAUCCAGGGUUUUGGAAAUGUUGGAUCAUGGGCAGCCAAGUUGAUCCAUGAUAGAGGGGGUAAGAUCGUUGCUGUUAGUGACAUCACUGGUGCAAUUAAAAAUCCAGUUGGAAUUGAUAUUCCAGCUCUGCUGAGAUACAAAGAGAGCAACGCAAGUUUGAAAGAAUUCCAAGGGGCAGAUGCUAUGGACCCGAAUGACUUGCUUGUUCAUGAAUGUGAUGUUCUCAUUCCAUGUGCCCUAGGAGGGGUCAUUAACAAGGAAAAUGCAGCUGAUGUGAAGGCAAAAUUCAUAAUAGAAGCUGCAAAUCAUCCCACUGACCCUGAAGCAGAUGAGAUUUUGGCCAACAAGGGAGUUGUUAUUCUCCCCGACAUAUAUGCAAAUGCCGGUGGUGUGACGGUGAGCUACUUUGAAUGGGUUCAGAAUAUUCAAGGAUUUAUGUGGGAAGAAGAAAAAGUUAACUGUGAGCUUAAAAGGUACAUGCACAAGGCUUUCCUUGACAUCAAAGCAAUGUGUCAAAUUCAUAACUGCAACUUGAGAAUGGGAGCUUUUACUCUUGGGGUGAACCGGGUUGCGCGUGCUACGAUCUUGAGGGGCUGGGAAGCAUGA